AUGUUAGAUACGAUAUGCACCCUCCCGCUUCCGGCCGAUCUCUUCGCACAGGUGCUACAUCCCUCCGAGCCAAUUGUAACGGUCGGCCUCUCGUCGGGUCAUGUCAUUGCAUAUAGGCUGCCUUCGGACGACGACAGCCAAGUCGAUCCACAAGUCAAUGGGCGAAAUGCAGAAGCGAAUGGGGCGAAUGGCCACGGGAAGCCGCCGAUAAUUUCAAGCUUCAGAAGAUCGUCGACCGCCUCAGAAAAUGGUCUUGGUGCAAUAGACACACUAUGGAAGACAAAACGACAUCAGGGAUCAUGUCGCGUUCUGUCUUACAGCCACGAUGGCUCGGUAUGCUACUCUGGGGGCACAGACGGUCUGGUGAAGGCAUUCCAUAGCGAGAAUGGCAAAGUUGUGAGCAAAAUUGCUAUUCCUGCCGAUGAAGACACUGGUGACGACGACGCGCCUACUGUGCUGCAUGCCCUCAGUCCGCAAGCUCUAUUGCUCGCCACCGAUUCCGGCAAGCUAUAUCUUCACGACCUUCGACAGCAAGGAGUAGAGAUUCAAGCCAGGGCAGCACAGACCUGGCACCCACAUGACAAGGAGCAUGUCAACAGCCUGAUACCUCUACCGGUCACAGAAGCCAGCACAAGCGGUUUCCCGAAACAGUGGCUGACGGUUGGCGGCAGCACACUUGUCGUUACCGAUAUCAGGAAAGGUGUUCUGAGCACGAGUGAGGAUCAGGAAGUCGAACUUACAAGCGCCGUAUGCAUAAAAGGUCUCAAGAAGGGCGGCACAAGCGUUGGGGAAAAGGUACUUGUCGGUCAAGGAGAUGGCAUUGUCAGUCUGUGGGAACGAGGCGUAUGGGGUGACCAAGACGAAAGACUGGUGGUCGACCGGACACAGAGUGGCAUCGAGUCAAUGGUCGAAGUACCCUUAGAAUUCGGCAACGGCAAGCUGAAGAUGAACGAGAAGAUCGUGGCAGCUGGUCUGGAGGAUGGUGCUGUCAGAUUUCUGCGGGUGGGAAGAAACGGCGUUCUCGAUGAUUGGGACAUUCGCCACGAUGAGGUCGAGGGAGUGGUUGGACUAGACUUUGAUGUCACUGGUCGGUUGGUCAGUGGUGGCGGGCAAGUGGUCAAAGUAUGGACGGAAGCCAAAGGUAUACCAGGCGGAGGUCGACAACCAACAAAACGUGCCAUUCAGUCAGACGACAGUGACGACGAAGACGACUUUGAUGACAGCAGUGACGAGGAAGCAGAUAAAUCGAAGCGAAAGAAACGGAAGCGGAACAAAGGGAAGGACAAGAAUGGUGGUCAGGCUCUGAAGUUUUCUGGCCUGUUCUGA